UCCUGCUACUAACUUCACCGGAGCUGAGCGCGUCCCUCCGCCUGUCGCCCACAACAGCCCGCAUCAUCAUCAUCAUCAUCCUCAUCAUCAUCAUCAUCAUCCUCAUCAGCAGCAUCAUCAUCCUCAGCAGCAGCAGCGGCAGCAGCAGCGGCAGCAUCAGUGUGAUGAAGCAGCGGAGGAGCUUCCUGCUCUGAGACACUGGAUCAGCCCGCAGCGGACAGACAGUUUACGGAUUGUUGCCGGUGUUGCUCGCCUGCAGGAUGACUGAAGUGAUGAACUCUCUGGAGCCGGCCACGGAGGACUUCGGCGGCGGCGGAGGAGCAGCAGGAGAUCAGGACACAAUCUUCCCAGAUACCCAUGAAAGGAAUCCCAAGCUGUCCAAGAGGCUUCCCUCCAUCGUGGUGGAGCCGACGGACGCCACCGAGGUGGAGAGUGGCGAACUGCGCUGGCCGCCGGACGAACCCACGUCUCCGGACGAGAGGAAGAAUCCAGGAGGACAGACUGCAGAUGUGGAGCAGUCGGACGCCGGUGCGGACGAAGAAGCUUCAGGCGAGGAGAUGCAGGACUCCAACUGAACUGAUUCUCCUCCUGUGAAUAUACUCUGUGACUGUGAGUGUGUCCCGACGUGGAUGAGUGGCGUUCAGUAGAGGAGCUCGUGGAUAGAACAGACGGAGGCGACGAAGGAGACAAAGUGUAGAAAACAAAAAACAAAACAAAACAAAACAGAUUCUUAAACCCCAGCCGACGGCUUGGAGCCAGAGUCGUGUCGGCGCCUUUCCUCUGACACGCUAAUAAAGAUGAUUGAAGGGGACCAAGUUGCCAUUGCCUUUUCCGACUAAAAUUUAUUUUCUUCGUCUGCUUGAACUCAAAGAUAAGUUUUGGCAGCAGACGUGUUUUUAUCGUCCCCGUCUGAUACGACUGUUGUCACAUCUCCAGCUUUGUAAAUACAGAUUUUUCUCUCUCUCUCUCUGGCUCCAAGCCCUCGCCGUCCAGAUGUCUGCAGCUGGACAGAUGUUUCUAAAUGCUGUAUUAAGUAUUUAGCUCAUGCUACGUGCCAUACUACUACUACUGAUGGUAGCUGCUGUAUCCUGUGCACAGUUUUUACAUUAACUUUAGACGUACUGUAAAUGACACCACUGUUUGUUGAGUGCUCUAGUUUGGUGAUCUUGGUCUCACUUUGUAAUAAUAAUAAUAAUAGCGGCGAGUUUCCACGACUUUAUUCGAUGUCAUUACACUCUUUAAUAUACUCGAACAUGUGAGCAUCGUCUUCAUACGGUAGGUGUUAAAGGGAAUGUAGUUGUUCUACUUUAGGAUAUCGGAGCAAUAUGUUUAAAGGCAGUUUCCAUUUUGUUAAGAAGAACCAGGAUAUUUUAGACGUGUGUCGCUUGUCACAGACAGAUUUUUUAAAAUACUGGGAGCUUAAAUUAUUGCACAAGUAAUAAACCUUUUGAAAAAUUCUUACA